UACUGGGGGAACUGGGGGGCACUGUGGGAGACUGGAGGAACUGGGUUGCACCGGGAGGCUCCAUAGGCGGCUCUGGGGAAACCGUGGGGAUUGGGGGACUGAGGGGGACUGGGAAUCACCGGGAGUUACUGAGCGGGUCACUGGGGGUGACUGGAGAGUCGCUGGGGGUUACUGGGAGGUGCUGUGGUUUGGGAUGUCUGUGUGUCUGCAGGAAUGUCCCCCGGGUGUCCCUCAUGUCCCCCACAACUGUGCCUGUGUUGCCAUGGGUCUCCCUGUGCCCCCCUCGUGUGUGUCGCCGUGUCCCUCAGGACGAUGCCGGUGACCCUGGAACUGCGGCUGCUCCUGCUGGCACUGGCGCUGCGGGGGGAGGCAGUGUCCCCCUCCGUGUCCCCCUCCGUGUCCCCCUCAGCGUCCCCUGCCACGUCUCCCCCCGAGUCGCCCUCCGAGCCGUGCGGGGCGGCGCUGGCGGAUGUGCUGAGGCGGCUGCGGGAGCUCGAGGGACACGUGCAGGCACUGAGGGGACACUGUGGGGACAAGGGGGGACCCCAGGCCGGGACAGGCCGCUCGGUGCAGCUCUGUGCGCCCCCUGCCGGCGGCGGCUGCGCCUGCCCCGCCCGAUACCCUCCGUGCCCCCGGUACCCCCGGUACCCCCGGUGCCCCCGGUACCUCCGGUAUCCCCGGUACCCCCGGUACCCCCGAUACCCCCGGUACCCCCAGUGCCCCUCGGUAACCUCCCGUCUUCCCCACCUCGUGCACCCCGUGGGGCGCCCGCGCGUGCCCCUGGAUGGGAGGGGAACCUGCUGUGCCGUCGGCGGCUCCCCAGUGCUCCCGGUGCCCCCCAGUGCUCCUCCAGUGACUUCCUAG